AUGAGCAUUACACAAGAAUUCUCAUCCUGGUUCGCCCCUCCACAAAUCCCAAUCUCCCAACCGCCAGAAAUCGGCAGCAACGCCCCAUCAUCACCACAGCUCUCUUUCCCACCCACAAACGGCAAGCCAACCAUCAUCUCAUUCCUCCGACACUGCGGAUGCCCAGUCGCAGAAGCAACCCUCCUAACACUCCGCACCUCCGCAGCCACGCACAACAAUGUAAACUUCAUCGCAAUCUCGCACAGCGACUCCCCCUCAACACAAACCUGGCUCGAUUCCAUCGGCGGCCCCGGCUCAGUAACCGUCCUCGUCGACAACGAGCGCGCUCUGUACGCAAAAUGGGGUCUUGGAACGGUCUCCUGGAGUCAUGUUCUUAGUCCGGCAGGGUUGGAUGGGAUUUGGAGGCUUGGGAAGGAGGAGGGGAUUUGGAAUCGGCCGACUGAGAGUGGGAGUCGGUGGCAGGGGGCUGGGAAUUGGGCUGUUGAUGAGGGAGGUGUUGUUAGGUGGGGUGGGCCUGUGAAGAGGGUGGAUGAGGUCGUCGAUGUUGAGGCUGCGUUGGGGGCUUUGGGG